AUGGAGAAAAAAAUUGGGUGUGUUUAUAAAAUUAAGGAGAGCAGGAGGGGAAAAGGUUUGUGUAAGCCAACUGAUGAAGCAAAAAAGAAGGGGGCGCGGUUACGUUACUUUAAUGAUAAACAGGAGAAUGCAGCUAGUGUGGUUGGUGACGCAGCUAGUGUGGCUCGUGAUGAAGCUAGCGUGCCUGGUGAUGCAGCCAGCGUGCCUGGUGAUGAAGCCAGCAUGCCUGGUGAUGAAGCCAGCAUGCCUGGUGAUGAAGCCAGCGUGCCUGGUGAUGAAGCCAGCGUGCCUGGUGAUGCAGCCAGAAUGCCUGGUGAAGCAGCCAGCGUGCUUGGCGAUUCCAAUUGUAGUACCGAAGCCCACUCCUAUGCCAAGAGCAGAGGCAUGAACCGUUUUGAAGCCCCACAGUGGAGUAGCCAUGUGGACGAUCCACUGUGUAGCCAUUUCAAACUAAGAAGUGAUGAAGGAGACAGUUACCUGAACAACAUAGAUGUGAAUGACGAAUCAGAUCCGGUAAAAAGGGAAAGUGAAGGACAGCUUCGUUCUUCCGGUCUGCUGCCUGAGACUGCAUAUCAGAGGCAAAGACAGGGAGGCAUGUCAAGAGAGGCUGAUCAGAUGCACAGCUCAAUUGGGGGAGAAAACGAAAUUGUGCACAUGGGUAUCAGCUUUUCUGAGGAGGUACCCCUGAGGGGAAGAACCGAAGAAGAUCGCGAAUGCAGUGGUGGUGACGCCGCGUAUUCUGUGUACGCUACGUGUGCCAUGUACACAGAUGGAAGGUUGGAGGAUGUCGAUUGGGUCGAUGCUGCUUUGGCAGGUGCCGACUCGAACACUGCGAACAAUACCGCCAACUGCGCACGCGGCUCCCAUUUCGUAGAGAGUGACCAGGAGGAGGGACUCGGAGGAAUGAACCCUCCCGAAGAGAACGACAAACAGGCAGACAGUGAAGACGACAACGAAAUAAAAAAGAUAUUAGACGUGUUGCAGAAUUUAAAAAAAUAUAAUUUUGAUGAUACAGCCAAUUUCGAUAACGAUGCACUUUACGAACCAUUUGAUGAUGACGCGGAAGAUGAAGAGACGGGAAAGAGUAUAAUGGACCCGUUUGUUCAAGAGAGGAACGCCCCUUUUUUGGAGAGCGAGUAUGUUUUUAACGACCCUACUGGUGAGGGUGCUACGAAUGGUGAGGCUGCUAUCAAUGGUGAGGGUGCUACCAAUGGUGAGGGUGCUAUCAAUGGUGAGGGUGCUAUCAAUGGUGAGGGUGCUACCAAUGGUGAGGCAUUUGCCUCUGCUGCGGAGGGCUAUACCGCUAAUGACAGUAACGAGCACGAGUACCUAGACCUGCAAAAGAUAAAGGAGAAGUACAGGAGGUAUAACUUCUCGCUAAGCGAUGUUGAUGAGGAGGAGGGAGGGGAGGCCGAAAACGUGGAGGAAUCGAGGCAGUCAAAGGGAUACACCAUCACAGUGGCAGAAGAAAGCUACCAACGUAAGGAAAAGGAACCCACUGUUAAUGCGCACGAGGGUGAUGUAGGGGGGGAAGACGAGAAGGGUGACAGAAACGACGUCUCAGCCGAAGAUUGCGAGCCGAACGUGGAGACGACAAAAGCGGAAUCCAUCCCAAACGAAAAAAAGAACAACCAGAAUAGAGUUGAACUACACGAAUGCAACAGUGCAACCGAGUCGGGUGUGCCAUCUGGCAAAGACGAAGUCGAACGAGAGGAGAAGAUAAGAAGGAAAAAAUUGCUCAAGCAAAACAUCUGUAGCUUAAACAAUAAGGGGAGAGAUAGCCAGAAUGGUGGUGGCGAUUUUGACGCAAAGGGUGGAGCGCAGAAUGGAGGCACUUGGACGAAUGCUAACUUGCACAACCAGGCGGAGAUCAAGGAGGGCAUGGGGAACCCCCCAUAUGGGGACCUCUCGGAGGAAGUGAGGAACAUAAUAAACUCAAAUGAGAGUGAUGGGGAGGAUGAGAAUCUCUUGGAGUUUGACCACUACUUGAGCAAAUUGCACAAUUUGAAGAGUCUGCUUCGACAGGAGGUCAGUCAGAGUGAUGAAGAUGUGGGGGGUGAAGCGGUGCAGCCACGGGGCGAGCAGGUGCACACUGCCGAGGGGGGGCGGGAAGGAGAGGAAGAAGCAGAAGGAGAGGAAGAAGCAGAAGGAGAGGAAGAAGCAGAAGGAGAAGAAGAAGCAGAAGGAGAGGAAGACGAAGUUGAGGGAGACGCCGCCGUGGAUGCAGACGAUGUGGACGCAGACGAUGUGGACAAUUUGGACGACUCGAAUGACGCGGACAAUGCGGCCGCUCCAGACGACUGGCCCAAUUCAACCCCCCCGAAGGAGCUUCCCCGCGCAAGGUCGCGUAAGAGGGGCCCCCCCGGAGAGGCGACAGUCGAGUCGAUGGUCGAGGGGACGGUCGAGUCUACGGUCGAGGUGACGGCCGAGGGGACGGCCCAGGCGCAGCCGAUCCAAGUGGAGCUGUUCGCCGAAAGGAACAUCCAACUCAAAAGGGAAGUAAAAAAUCUACAAAGAGAAAUGACCAGGUAUAAAAAAAUGGAAAAAACAUUUCACAAAAAUAAAGAAAAAUAUAAAACAAAAUUAACAAUAAUUAGAGAAUACGAAAAGAAAAUCGAUCACAUGAUAAUGGACCUAAAGAAAUUAAAAGACACAUGUACAAGCAAAGAAAAAAAGUUGGCAAGGUUUGAAGAAGUAAUAAAAUAUAUGAAUGAACAAUUUGCCAUGAGUAAAAUCCAGUUUGAAAGCAAAAUGAAUGAAUAUGUUUUGUUCCUAAAAAAAAAGGACUCCGAAAUUUAUAUGUUAAAGGAGAUUAUAAAGGAAAAGGAGAAAAUCGUCACCUUUAAUGAAAGCAUUCUGAAACAGUACAAAAACGACAUCGAUGAUAUGUUAAGGCAAAAUAUCGAGAGAGUGGAACAUGUUAAGACGAAACUGAAGACACAACAAGAACUCAUCACAGAAAAGGAAAGUAAAAUUAAAACACUUGAACAGGAUGUUAGGAGCUACUCCGAUCAGUUGAACCAAAUGGAUAAUAAAAUGAAGAAAAUGAUGUACCAAAGAGAGAUGGAGGAAGAGAAAUGGAAAGAAGUAGAGAGCAAUUAUCAAAAGGAGAAAAAAAAAAACGAAAAUCUGACUAACCAAGUGGAACAACUAGGGAGGGAAAACAAAGACUUACAUUACAAAGUGGAAAAUUUGCUGCAGAGCGAAAAAAAUAUUAUGAACGGCAAGGUAGAAUUGGCUGAAAACCAAAAGGUGUUAAGCAUGGAGAAUGAAAAAAUGAAAAAGGAGAGAGACGUGCUCCUAAAUGAGAAGGCGCAAAUGCAGGAGCAAUGCAACCUGCUCACCACCGAAAAUGGGAAAAUGAACGAACAGAUAGGAACACUCCAAAGGGAAAAAAACGAACAGGAUAGGGAGAUAGCCAAACUGAAGGAAGAUGCAAUUAAUCUCAGGGAGAAGUUCUCCAAAUUGGAAGAGAAACACUCAAAAUUGAAAGAAGAAAAAGACGAAAUUGAGGGGAAAAGUCUCACACAGAAGGGAGAAAAAGACACCUUGCAAAAUGCGCUUGAGGAGACGAAGCACAAGAUGGAAGACUGCAUGAAGGAAAAUGGAAAGCUGAAAGGGAUGUUAGAUGAAAUGACCUCCCAAAAUGAGCAGCUAUUCUCAAAGAAGGAGCAGGAAGAACAAAGGAUGAGGGAACAUAUCAAAGAUAUGGAAGACAAACUGGAAGAGUACAACACACUGUAUUGUAAGGAAAAGGAAGUGAUACAAAAUCUGAACAAGGAGAAAAAUAAAUUCAUUAAAGAAUGCGAACGGUUAAAAAGUAGGAACAAAAAAAUCAUCUCCAAGUUGAAGGAAAACGAAAUGAAAAAUAAAGAAAAAAUGGAUGAAAUGGAAGAAGAAAAAAAUCAAUCUGUGCAGAAAGAAAAAAAUAAUUUCACACAAAAGGUACAUUCCCUGGAAGAAGCCUUCCAAAGUACAUACAACGAACUGCAGGAUGAGAAAAACUCUCUAAAGGAAGAACUCCAUGAUUUCAAAAUGGCAAAUGAAGACUUAAAAAAAAAGGCCCAAGAUCUGCUUAACGUCAAUGAGGUCCUAAUCAAAGAAAUGAAGACGUACAACGAAGAGAAAGAAAAAUUCAUUAAAGGAUUGAAGAACAUCAAAUUGGCUUACCUCAAGAUGAGAACAGAAAACGAACAGCUAAAGAAGGACGCUUUUGCAUUUAUUAAAAAGGACGUGGAGGAAAACUACGUCCCCCUCUCUGCACACAACCAGAUUUUACAGGAACAGAAGAAUUUGGCUGUGGAGAAAGACACGCUUCAGGCGCAGCUGAAGGAAAAGGAGACCCUCAUCGAAAAGCUGCAUAAGGACAAAACAGACUUGGGAGAAAGUUUGACCAGACUUUCCAAGGAGAACGAGGAGCUCAGCACGAACAUUCGCGUCAAGAAUAAGAUUACGGAGGAUGUCACGGCCAACGUGGAGAAACUAAAAACUGACCUCACCAGCAAGGACGAAGAAGUGAAGAAAAAAGUGCUCGAAGUUAAGAAGAUAGAGCGCGACUACAAAAAGCUUCUGGACGAUUACAAAAGUGAAAAAAAAAGUUUAAUUUCAAAGUACGAAAACGAGCUGGACGACUACCUGCGAAAGUGUGAAUUGGCCCACGCCAAGUAUAAGAAGUGCGAGGAAGAGGUGAGAAGCGUCUACAAGGACAACGAGUACGAAUGCAAAAUUAAGGACGUCGUGGAGGAGAAGGACAAGGAGGUGCACGCCAUACAGAGGAGGUGCAAGGAGCUGCACGAGGACAACAACAUGAACAAAAACGAAAUCGCCAAGCUAAACAAACUGCUGGAAGACGCAAAUAAGAAAAUAAAGAAGAGAGACAUGGAAAUGUACAUACUGCUGGAAGAAAACAAGAAGCAGAAGGAGAAGGCAGCCAAAAAAAUGACCAAGGUGAACGAGCUGCUGAACAACCUGCAGAAGGAGUACACGGAUAAUAUUCCGUGA